AUGUCGGCGCAGAGCCUGCUGAGCAGCGUCUUCUCCUGCUCCUCCCCGGCCGCCGCCGCCCCCGCCGCCGCCAAGAGCCUCUCCAAGCGGAGGCUCCGCCAGACGCGCAGCCUCGACCCCGCCAUCAUCGGCGGCGGCCGGGAGGACGGCGAGGGCGCGGGGCGGGCGCCGCGGGCGCGGGCCGCCGGCAGCCCCCCGGGGGAGCGCCGCGCUCUUCGGGGCGCCCCGCCGCCCCACGGCGCCUCCUUUUCCACCCCCUGCACCCCACUGGAGCGCUCGCCGCCGGGCAGCGCUCUCUUUGACGAGGAGAGCCUCCGCGGGAAGCGCAGUCCCGGCUGCGAGCUGCCCUUCCUGGCGCGCACCCCCUCGGCCCUGGCGCUGAGCGGCACCGCCAGCCCCGCCAACAGCAUCUUCUCCUCGCCCCGGCGCUGGCUGCAGCAAAGGAAGGGGCAACCCUCGCCGCCCGAGCCUCGCCCCGCCGCCUACGUCGUGUGGAAAUCCGAGGGCGAUUUCACUUGGAACAGCAUGUCAGGGCGCAGCGUGCGGCUGAAGUCAGUUCCCGUUCAGAGCCUCUCGGAGCUGGAGCGUGCUCGGCUGCAGGAAGUGGCUUUUUAUCAGUUGCAGCAGGACUGUGACCUGGGCUGUCAGAUUACUAUCCCCAAAGAUGGACAAAAGAGGAAGAAGUCAUUAAGAAAGAAACUGGACUCUUUAGGAAAGGAGAAGAACAGAGACAAAGAAUUUAUUCCCCAGGCUUUUGGAAUGCCUUUGUCUCAAGUGAUUGCUAAUGACCGGGCCUACAAGCUCAAGCAAGACUCUCAGAGAGAAGAGCAAAAAGAUGUUUCAGAUUUUGUGGCCUUUCUCUUGCCAUUUGGAACUAAAAGACAGAACAAAGAACUUUCCAGCAGUAACUCAUCUCUCAGCUCCACCUCAGAAACACCGAAUGAAUCCACUUCUCCUAACACACCUGAGCCAGCGCCACGGGCAAGGAGGCGUGGUGCAAUGUCUGUGGACUCUAUCACAGAUCUUGAUGACAAUCACUCAAGAUUGUUGGAGGCUCUCCAGCUGUCUUUGCCAGCAGAAGCUCAGAGCAAGAAAGAAAAGGCAAGAGAUAAGAAACUAAGCCUGAACCCUAUUUACAGGCAGGUUCCCCGGCUUGUAGAUAGCUGCUGCCAGCACUUGGAAAAGCAUGGUCUCCAGACAGUAGGAAUAUUCAGAGUUGGAAGCUCAAAAAAGAGAGUAAGACAGUUACGUGAAGAGUUUGACCGAGGUGUAGAUGUUGUAUUAGAUGAAGAGCACAGCAUUCAUGAUGUUGCUGCCUUGUUAAAGGAAUUUCUGCGUGACAUGCCUGAUCCACUUCUCACCAGAGAGCUUUAUACACCUUUCAUCAACACUCUCUUAUUAGAGCCAGAUGAGCAGCUCAGCACCUUACAGCUUCUCAUUUAUCUUCUACCUCCUUGUAACUGCGAUACCCUUCACCGCCUGCUGCAGUUCCUCUCCACAGUAGCUGGCCAUGCAGAAGACACCAGAGACAAGGAUGGCCAAGAGAUUACUGGGAACAAAAUGACAUCGCUUAACCUGGCCACCAUCUUUGGCCCUAACUUGUUGCACAAGCAGAAAUCUACAGACAAAGAAUUCUCAGUUCAGAGCUCAGCUCGAGCUGAAGAGAGUACUGCUAUCAUAGCUGUUGUGCAAAAGAUGAUUGAAAACUAUGAAACCCUGUUCAUGGUUUCCCCUGAUUUACAGAAUGAAGUGCUUAUUAGCUUAUUAGAGACUGAUCCAGAUGUUGUAGACUAUUUGCUGAGGAGGAAAGCUUCCCAGUCAUCGAGCCCUGAGAUGCUGCGGUCAGAAGGUUCCUACUCCACAGGAGAAAGACAUUCUUCCACAGACUCCAACAAAGCUUCCAGUGGUGAUGUCUCCCCUUAUGACAACAACUCCCCAGUGCUGUCCGAGCGCUCGCUGGUGGCAAUGCCAGAAGAAGUUGCCCACAGCCCAGAUAAGCUCUACAAGGUACCUGAGCAGUACACGCUGGUUGGACACUUGCAAACUAAGCCAAAGGAGAAUUCUUCUGCAUCACAGGCUGAAAAAGAUGUUUCUGAAGAUCAUUUUGAUAUCUGGGGCACUUGGCAUUCAACGCUGAAAAGUGGCUGCAAAGAUCCAGUAAUCACAGGUUCUUACGGGAACAUUUACGAGAGCAGCUCGCUGCGGCCCGGACAGUGCUCCCUGUCCCAGGGGAACCUGGCCACGUGCUCCCCUCGCUGGCAGGGCAGCUCCUCGGACCUGGCCGGCGGCCGGCAGGCGAUGCGGAGGAGCCAGACCACGGCCGCCAUUGCCGAGUGCCAGCUCCAUCCCGCGGCGUCCCGGCCGUGCAGUGACGCCCACAGGGACGGCGGCUGCAGGAGCUCAGGGCUGUCCCACUCCCGCUCGGAGCAGCGCUUGACUUUGAGCAGCGUGGAGGACCUGAGCGAGCGCGACUCGAGCGCGGGCUGUUUGCAAAGCACGGCCAAGCCCUCCUACAGGAAAGAGCGGCCGCCGCCCCCUUACCCAGGCCCAGCAAAAACCAGCUCGAGUGUUUCCUCAACGCUGCACUCUUUGUGGAGACUUCAACGCCCAGAAAAGAGUUCGGGGCCGAGAGCAGCUGGAGGCCCGCCAGGCAGAGCCCCUGAGCAGGCCACGUCCAGGCAGGAGCAGCCGGCCCCGCACACGCCAGCGGGUCACAGCUGUCCCACAGCACCUCACAGCCAGAACAGUACAAGUGCUUCCGAGGCGGACUGGAAUGAGUGGCAAAGGGAGAGGUGGCAGAUCUGGGAGCUGUUAUCAGCUGAUAACCCUGAUGCCCUCCCAGAAACCCUUGUAUGAUCUGACUCUGUGGAACUGCCGCUUUUACCCGUGCCUCCGUCUCAUAGGAAAACAACGGGGACAUUGGAAAAUGGGGGAGGCUGUUUGUUUUAUACCAGCUCAAUUGCAUAUACUUUUUUAAAACUUUGUUCACUUUAAUUUCUCAACAGCACUGUCAAGCAGUUAAUUUGCAACUACAGCAUGUUCCUGUUUUUCAGCAAGCUUUUGAGAAAAAACAAGGUGAAAAUUUAAGUGUAAUAACUCUGUAUUCAUAUGCUGUGUAUAAGAUAAAAGUGUUGCUUUGAUGUUGCUAAAAAUGUAUUUAUAUAUCUGCAGUUUUGAUGAUUGUAUAUUCUGUAAUGGGUAUUGUAUGAUAAUCAUGUUAUGUUUUCAUAUACAGAUGUCAAUCAAUCAUGACUGCUUUUUUAAAAAAUCACUGCACUUACAUUACCAUGAUAUGCAUUGGAAUUCUAUAGAAAGUGCACAAGCUGGUUUCUGUGCUUAUAUAUAUAUAUUAUAUUAAAAAAAAAAAAAAAGCUGUUAAGGGGUAAAGUUGUACUUCUUUUCACUGCCUUUUGAAAAACACUAAAAUAAAGUGGAACAUGAAAAGCCAUAUAUUUUAUAAGGGUAGUAGUGAGCUUAGAGGGGGAAAUACAAAAUAUUUUUUUCUUAUACAUGUAUUUGCAAAAAACUUCAAAAUUUGAUACAAGAUUAUAAAAGUAUUUUUUUAGGUUCUGAUAGGAAGCAGCUCAGAGAAUCUAAGAACAACAUUGUGCCUUAACCAAUGAACUAUGUAGUGCAAAGUCUGCCCUCCCAUUCCAAAGGAAAACCAAUGUUAUAUAUGCAGGAUAUAAUAUAUAUAUUUAUAAAUGUGUGGUUUUAUGUAUUGUUUUAAAACAAUAAACUGGAAUCCAAAUUUUAGAAAACCAAACCUAAUAAAUUGAGAUGUGUAACACUGAGAAAGAAUAUGGCUUUUCCUUUGAAAUAUCAAAGCUCCAGUAUUAAGAAAGCUAGAGAAAUGCAAAAAAUGCAGACAGACACAUGAAAGGGAGUGAAGUAGAGUUUCAGGAAAGAACGUGACAUUUGGAGAAGCUCACAACUGUGUUUCCAUGAAAUUUGUGCCAAAGUCGGGGUCAGUCCCGCUGCCUCGGUACCUGUAUGUUGUGUUGUGUUAAAUAUUGCUGUUCUGUUCACGUUGUUUUUCAGCUGCAGAGCCGCCUGUGGGCAGCGGGUGGCAAUGUACUCCAGCGUUCCAGAGAAAUUCCUUCUUGGCACACCACAAGGGAAAGUGUAUCAUAGCAAAAUAAUUUCAUUAAACAUAUUAGGCUCAA